GGCCGAAUACUUUCGCAAGGCACUGUAUGCAUCUCCUCUCUCCCCACUCACUCACUCACUGAGAGCAAAACAAUAAACUUCCCUUUUCAGGAUCCUGUCUUUCAAAUACAAUUCGUCAAAAUCCAUAACUUAACAGAUCUUUAUUGUAAAGGGUUUAAACACUGUUUCCCAUGCAUGUUCAAUGAACCAUGAACAAUUAAUGAACAUACACCUGUGGAACAGUCUUUAAGACACUAACAGCUGACAAACGGUAGGAAAUUGAGGUCACCGUUAUGAAAACUUAGGACGCUGAAGAGGCCUUUCUACUGCCUCUGAAAAAUGCCCAGGGUCCCUGCUCAUCUGCAUGAACGUGCCUUAAGCAUGCUGCAAGGACGCAUGAGGACUGCAGAUGUGACCAUGGCAAUACAUUGCAAUGUAAUGUGAGAAGCCUAAGACAGCGCUACAGGGAGAUGGGAAGGACAGCUGAUCGUCCUCGCAAUGGCAGACAACGUGUAACAACACCUGCACACGAUCGGUACAUCCAAACAUCACACCUGCGGGACAGGUACAUGAUGGCAACAACUGCCCGAGUUGCACCAGGAAUGCACAAUCCCUCCAUCAGUACCUAGACUGUCCGUAAUAGGCCGAGAGAGGCUGGACUGAGAGCUUGUAGGCCUAUUGUAAGGCAGGUCCUCACCAGGCAACAACGUCGCCUAUGAGCACGAACCCACCGUCGCUGGACCAGACAGGACUGGCAAAAAGUGCUCUUCACUGACGGGUCGCGUUUUUGUCUCUACAGGGGUGAUGUUCGGAUUCGCUUUUAUCGUCAAAGGAAUGAGCGUUACACUGAGGCCUGUACUCUGGAACGGGAUCGAUUUGGAGGUGGGCGGUCACAGCAUCAUCGGACAUAGCUUUGCAGGCAAUCUCAACGCUGUGCGUUACAGGGAAGACCUCCUCCUCCCUCAUGUGGUACCCUUCCUGCAGGCUCAUCCUGACAUGACCCUCCAGCAUGACAAUGCCACCAGCCAUAUUGCUCAUUAUGCUGAAGAGGGGAAUAUAGAGUACAAGCUGAAGCUGAUCGACCCCACGCAAUACCGCUUUGAACACCUGGCCACACAGAUGAAAUGGCGACUACAGGAGGGGCGGGGUGAGGCUGUCUAUCAGAUUGGUGUCGAUGACAACGGCAUGCUGGUGGGCCUAUCAGAGGAAGACCUGGGGUCAUCGCUAAAGACCCUAGGCAGGAUGGCAGAGAAGGUUGGGGCUGACAUCACCAUUCUCAGAGAGAGAGAGGUGGACCAUGAUGCUGAUAUCCCUCGUAAGAUAGCUGAGGUUCUCAUAAGGAAGGUGCCAGACGACCAGCAGUUCCUGGACCUGCGGGUGGCUGUGCUGGGUAACGUGGACUCAGGAAAGUCCACCCUGCUAGGUGUGCUGACACAGGGUGAGCUGGAUAACGGGCGAGGCCGGGCCAGACUCAACCUCUUCAGACACCUCCAUGAGAUCCAGACAGGACGCACCUCCAGCAUCAGCUUUGAGAUUCUUGGCUUCAACAGUAAAGGAGAGGUGGUGAACUACAGUGAGUCGCGGACAGCAGAGGACAUAUGUGAGAGUGCCUCUAAGAUGAUCACGUUCAUUGACUUGGCCGGCCACCACAAGUACCUGAAGACAACCAUCUUUGGCCUGACCAGCUACUGCCCAGACUUUGCCAUGCUUGUGGUCAGUGCAAAUACGGGCAUCGCCGGUACAACACGGGAGCACCUGGGUCUGGCCAUGGCUCUGAAGGUGCCCAUCUUCAUUGUGGUCAGUAAGGUGGACCUGUGUAAGCGCGAAACGGUGGAGCGCACGGUCCGGCAGCUAGAGCGCAUCCUAAAACAGCCCGGCUGCAACAAGGUGCCACUGGUGGUGUCCACUGCUGACGAUGCCGUCACGGCUGCACAGCAGUUCGCUCAGUCACCCAGCAUCACUCCCAUCUUCACCGUGUCCAGUGUGUCUGGGGAAAGUCUGAAUCUGCUCAAGGUCUUCUUCAACAUCAUCCCCCCACUCAGCAACAGCAAGGAGCAGGAGGAGCUCAUGCAACAGCUCACUGAGUUCCAGGUGGAUGAGAUCUACACAGUGCCUGAUGUGGGGACAGUGGUGGGAGGAACUCUAUACAGUGGUAUCUGCCGUGAGGGGGAGCAGCUGGUUGUGGGUCCUACAGACUCCGGUCAGUUCCUCAAGUUGACAGUGUGCAGCAUCCAGAGGAACCGCUCAGCAUGCAGGGUACUGAGGGCCGGCCAGGCCGCCACGCUCGCACUGGACACGUUCGACCGCUCGCUGUUACGCAAGGGUAUGGUGAUGGUGAGUCCAGAGAUGAACCCCACUAUCUGUUGGCUGUUUGAGGCGGAGAUCGUGCUGCUAUUCCACGCCAAGACCUUCCACAAGGGCUUCCAGGUCACUGUGCACGUGGGCAACAUCAGACAGACUGCUACUGUGAAGGCUGUGCACGGCAAGGAGGAGCUGAGGACAGGUGAGAAGGCAGUGGUCUGUUUUAAGUUCAUUAAGCACCCAGAGUACCUGAAGGUGGGGGCCAAGCUGCUGUUCAGAGAGGGAGCCACCAAAGGCAUCGGCCAGGUCACCAAGCUGCAGCCUGUCUCCCGGUCACAGCCCUCACAGAGUGAGGAGGAGGACGAGGCCUAGAACCCAGAACCGCCCAGUGGAUCAGGAGAACCACAGCCGUCCCAGCUAGAUCCCAGGAUCUAGAACAUCGGAGGAGAGGGUUCCGUCUCUUUCUCCUGUCGUCUUCAGCCUUCCUGCUUCUUCCAAAGCCCCUCUCCUGUCAUCUCAGCAAAGAACCGACUUUUCCCUCAACUUCUGUCUUUUACUUUGUUUUUCCAAAGCCUUGUUAUCACCAAACUUUUUCUCAAGCCUUUUCAAGAACUGCUAUUUCGAUUGUUUCCUUGUGCUUUUCUAGAUACUAAUGAGCGGAGUAUAUUUUUUUCUCCUGUGUCAUCUGUUCACCUAGCAACAGUCACCACGGUGAGGUUGAGGUGUAAGGAAGACCUGGUUACAAAAGGCACAGAGAUCUAUGGAAAUGAGUGUAAAGCAGCAGUCACCUUCAACACAGUUGAUUCACACCUCUGAGUGAAGUGCUUACACACACUCACCUCUCACUCAAACAUACAUUCAUGUACUGAAACACAAGUACACAGGUGCAUCCACACACACUGACGCCGGUAUUUAUCACCUGAAAAGGCACUGAGUUCUGUUACCAGAUGUCUGGCAUGUUUACAAGCUAAAAAUACAGACAGAGGAGUGAUGGCAAAUCAAUGUGAGUUUUCUUCUAUUGCAGCUACAGAACUAGGAUGUUAGAAUUGUUAUGCCUCCUCUGUCAACUUCAUAAUCCCACAUCAUCUGGUUUGUAUGACCUGCCCCGUGCCUGGCUGAAAGUGACAAGUCCUCUUAUACCAUGUUUGAAUAUGUUGUUCACAUUGGCACUUUAUGAUGAGGCAUUUCCUAUUAGCUUGUGAUGUAUGGGUGAAACUUGACGUUGUGAUAAACUGGCCAAGAUGGCCAAUGCUCUCACUGACAUUCAUCCCCAGUAAAGUUCUCCUUCCUCUGGCACAGUUUGAGAAUUAUGUUUGUAACUCGCAGCAAUGCCUCUCGAUGGCCCGACUAACCAAUGAAUGGUGUUGCUACCUACUUUUCAAGUGCUUUAGUCACUCAGGUCAGUAUAGUUCAUACAGUAUAGACACCAUUCCACUCUCUCACAGAACUACUCCAAUGAUUUGAGAUUUUAUUGAUCAUUUUGAGUGUCUUUGAGGAAUAGUCAGCCAUUUCUCCCAAAGAGUGACUACUUUGUGUGUUUUUGAUUUUGCUUAUUGUUUAAAAAGCGGCCACUUUGUGCUGCUACGUUUAAACUGCCCUGUUCGGCAAUCGUGUCCGAGGUUGUCUUUUUCUGUCUUCUCCCUUACGUUACUGUUGUCUCUGAUUAUGAAGGGGUGAAACACAGUGCCUAGUGGAACUACUUUUGGAGUACCCUUCCAUGACACCCCCCAGGGUUUUACAACUUUUUAGGUAAAUCAACUUGAUUUGGUGCUACUCCUUGAAACAACUUUUGAUAUCUAGAUGAUGAAUUAGGGAAAGGUGUUCAUUGCUGAAUUUGUUUGUUCAAGUCUGCUGUUGACCAUAUAAAGUGUCAAGUUAUUGCAUGUUAGAAAGAAUGACGCAGAGAAAUCACUUGCUCAUUUAUGCCUCGUUCACGUGCUUCAGAACUCUGGAAUGUCCAACUUGCUAACUGGUUGAACGCGGUACGUGUAUCUACAACCAGUUAGCAUGUUGGACAUUUCUGAAUUUCCUAUUUCCAACCCGCACGUGAACGUGGCAUUAACUAUUUAAGAGGGGCAACUAAAUGUGCUCUUUUUGUUGCACAUAUGGUAUUACUCAUAGAGGGGAAAAUGACUAUUUGAACCAAAAUAUGAAAAGAGCUGAUCAGAUGUUGUCAAUUAAUUUUUGCAUCAAAGUAAUGUUUGUUUUUUUAUAGAUUUGUAGUGGUUUCUAAUUUCACUCAAUUUUAAUUCACCUGUUGUUCAGACAGUUUUAGUCCAGCACCAACAAGUGUCACGUGUUCUCUACCACGGAUGCAAGGAUUGUUUUCCUUUAAAAAAAAAUUGUUUGGAGGGUGAAGUACCACAUAUUUAUGUACAGAUCCAGUUUGUAUAUUAUGGAACCCAUAAAUAAAAAGUUGUUACAUUUA